UUACUUUGCAGAAGUCCUUGACUGCUUCACUCUCUCAUUCGUGGAAUGAAUUUGGAAAUGACUUUUGAUGACUUCAAGAGCAAGACUAUGAAGGAUCAACCUGAUCAGAAGCCAAAUAGAAAGAAAGCUAAAGGUCCUCAUUUUCUUUCUUCUCGGUGGUGGUGCCCUACUGCUGUGACCCUGGGGAUCCUUUGCUUGGGAUUACUGGUAACUCUUAUAAUGCUAACAAUGCAACUAUCACAGGUUUCUGAUCUUCUAAAGCAACAGCAAGAAAACCUUACUAACCAGGAAAUUAUACUGGAGGGACAGAUCUUAGCACAGAAGCAGGCAGAAAAAGCUUCCCAGGAGUCAGAAAGGGAACUCAAAGAAACGAUAGAAACCCUUAACCAGAAGAUGGAUGAAAAUUCCAAAAAACAGAUGGAACUUCAUCAUCAGAACCUGAAUCUCCAAGAAGCUCUGAGGAAAGCAGCAAACUUUUCAGGUCCUUGUCCCCAAGACUGGCUCUGGCAUGAAGAAAACUGUUACCUAUUUUCCUCUGGCCCAUUUAAUUGGGAAAAAAGCCAGGAGAACUGUUUGUCUUUGGAUGCCCAGAUGCUGAAAAUUAAUAGCACAGAUGAUCUGGAAUUCGUCCGGCAAACAAGUGCCCAUUCCAAUUUCCCAUUCUGGAUGGGGUUGUCUCUGAGGAAACCCAGCAGCGCAUGGCUCUGGGAGGACGGCUCUCCUUUGAGGCCCCACUUGUUUAGACUCCAGGGUCCUGUUUCCCAGAACUAUCCUUCAGGUAGUUGUGCAUAUAUACAAAGGGGAGCUGUUUUUGCUGACAACUGCAUUUUAAGUGCAUUCAGUAUAUGUCAGAAGAAGGCGAAUCUACUGAGAGCACAGUGAAUUCGAAAGCGCUUGGGAAGAAGAGAAGAAUUCUUUUCUGGAAUUUAAGUUGUCCUUCAUCACUUAGGUGUAAACCAUGAGAGCCCUGCUUGUUAUUAGCUGAUGGCAGAACUCCCUAGCAGAGACUGGGCUUCCGGCCGCCUGGCACCUUGAUAUCAGAAAUUUUGAUUCUGUCUCUCUCUCUCUGUUUUUCACCUAGCUUGUCCCAAGUCUUCCUGCCAGCCCUUCAAUCCCCCUUCACUUUUUUUUAUUUUAAAGUCUUAUUCCUCUUCAAGUCUUGGGAGCCCUCUGUACUCAGUCCUCUCUACCUCAGUACCAUCUUCCCCUCACCCUCCUAAACCACAUAGAAGAUGGAACGUGGAGAGCUUGCCCAGCUGGUGGAUGCAUGGAAAAAUGCAUGUGAAACAGAAAAGAAUGCAUGAAGAAACAGAAAAAGGGAAAGGCCGUGCUGGAAUCCAGAAACUUGUGUUCUCAACAUUUAAAAGCUACAAUUUAUCGGUCUUUUAAAUUGUGAUCUUUCUCCAGAUUCCACCACGUACACACGCGCACACACGACAUACACACCCCACAUCAUCACAUUUUGGGGCAAUUGGAAUGUCCCAGGAAGUAAUUACAAAUUGAAUGAUCUUUUCAGUCAACUAAUCACAAUUCAUUAUUGGUUUUCGAAUCUAAUUAUUUCUUCAUCCUUUAUCAAAGGAUAGCUUAAUCACUUUAAUCCUCAGAUAGUAUUUGUUAGAAUCAUGGGGCCUGAGGCAAAAAUAGAUUUUUUUCCCCCCUAAAGUACACACCAUUUGUAAAUGAGUUCUCAACUCUGUUGUGCUGUGCUAAUAUGGAAACACACAGGACGAAAAUAUGAAGAUACUCAAUUAAAGAACAAACUGAGCCAGGUAUGGAAAUAUAGCUGAAUAGAAACAGGUGGAAUUAGAAGUAUUCCUUCUAUUUUCAGUAUUUCUACUCCCUUGCUACCUCCUUCACAGGUUAUUCUACUUUUUAAAGGAAGCCUUUCCAUUUUGUUGCACAUAAUCUAGCACCAACUUUAUAAAAAAAAAAAAAGAAAAAGCUGUAUCAUUCCUAGGAAGACAAGAGAUAUUUUCUUUUGUUAGCACAUUUAUUGAUGUUUAAUUGGCAUAUAACAAACUUAAUAUAUUUGAAGUAACAAGAAUUUUCAUAUAUAUGAACAUUUUCCAUUGAAAUCAUCGCCACAAUUAAGAUAGUGAACAUUUCCACCAUCCCUCCAACUUUUAUCAUCCUCUCCCCAAUGCCUUCUCCUCGGACAACCACCAAACUGCUUUCACUUUGCAUUUUGUAACAUUUUAUAUGAAUGGAGUCAAACAGUAUGCCUUUUUAUUUUUGGUCUAGCUUCUUUCACUUAGCUAAUCAUUUUGAGAUUCAUUCAUCUUGUUGCUUGCAUCAAUUUUUCACUCUUUCUAAAUGUUGAGUAUUAUUCUCUUAAUAUACCCCAAUUUGUUGAUGAAUUACCUGUUGAUGACCAUUUGGGUUGUUUUCAGUAUUUGUCUAUCGCAGAUAAAGGUGCUCUAGAUAUUUGUGUACAAGUCUUUGUUUGUACAUAGUAUUUCUCUUCUCUUGGGUAAAUGCUUAAGAGUUUAAUGUCAGGAUCACUCAGUAGGUGUAUUUGAGAAAUUGCCAAACUAUUUACCAAAGUUGUACCAUUUGAUAUUCCUACCAGCAAUGUAUGAAUGUCCCAAUUCCACCUAACCUUGCUAACACUUGGUAUGGUCAGUCUUGUAAUUGUAACCUUCUAAUAGGUGUAUGGCGGUAUAUUACUGUGGUUUAAUUUGCAUUUCCUAAAUGAAAAAUAAUCUUGAGGUCUUUUUAUUUACUUAUAUUGCUUAUUUACUAUCUACAUAUUUUCUCUCAUAAAGUAAUGUACAAAUCUGAGAAGUUUCAAGUUGUUUGUUUUUUGUUACAUUUUGAGAGCCCUUUGUAUAUGCUGGGUAAAAGUCCCUUAUCAGAUGUCUUUUUGAUCAUCUUUUGUUUUUGUUUUUCAGUUUAUGGCUUGACUUUUAAUUCUCUGGAAAAGCAGUUUUAAAUUUUGAUGAAGUCCAUUUUCAUGUUUUUACUGGUGUUUCUAAGAACUUGUUGCCAAACUCAAGGUCACAAAAUUUUCUCCUGUGUUUUCUUCUAGACAUUUUAUAGUUACAGGUUUUACAUGGAAAUCUGUAACUUACUUUGGGUUAGCUUGUGAGUCAGGUAGUAAAGUGCUCUCUCUCUCUCAUUAUUAUUAUUUUUUUUGCAUAUGGAUAUUCAACUGAUUUAGAACAUUUGUUGAAAAGACUAUUCUUUUUUCACUACAUUGCCUUUGCACUUUUGUCAACAGUCACCCAUAUGUGCAUGGGUCUUUUUCUGUCUCUCUCUUCUGUUCCACUGAUCUAUUUACCUAUAUAUUUUUACGCCACCAUGAAUAUUGCAAUUUCUCUAAAUCAUGUAGUGGUAAUCCUUCAACAUUGUUCUUUUUUCAAAGUUGUUUUGAUUAAUCUCUGUCUUUGUAUUUCCAUGUUAACUUUUGAAUUGGCUUGUUCAUUUCUAAAACCUAACAAACAAACCCUGUUGAAAUUUUGAAUGUGAUUGCAUUGAAUCUAUUAGAAAAA